GGUUAUGUGUUGUAGUAGUGUGACUCGUGCCGUGCUACGGUAGUGUGUUGUUCGUUAGGUGGUACGGAAUCUUCUCGUUGUGUGCAAUUUUGUUCUGUGCAGUGGAUCAACAGGCUGAAUAAUUGUUAAUCAGGUUGCUUACAAUCUAGCUAAAAAGGGAUGGCUAGCAACAGCACACUCGACCCGAACUUCGACUCGACCCAGUCCCUGCGACUCUAGCGACCAGUGUAGUGUCACGACCCGCGAGUGUCCAGUGUAGUGCCGUCAUGUGUGUUCGGACCUGACUCCACUAUUAUGAUAUUUAUACGCGCUGUUUUUUGAUAACUACUGAUUAUAAAGAGAGGAGGCUGUGAUGAUGAACGACUCCAGCCUAAGCCAUUCGCGGGCGUCAUCAUGCUCCAAGCUACCACACUCUCACUCCACCCCAGUGGGGGUCGAUGGAGGAGUGGUCGGUUGCUCCCGCACUCCCCCAACAACACCCAAGAAAGGGGGCAAGAUGCUGGCUAUCAGGGUGCAGAUGCUGGAUGAUUCCAUUACAAUGUUCCAAGUCCAGGCAAAAGCAGUUGGUAGAGUGCUGUUUGACCAAGUCUGCAAGCAGCUUCAUCUACUGGAAGCUGACUACUUUGGACUGGAAUACCAGGACUCAAGCGGUACGCGCUACUGGUUGGACCUGGAGAAACCGUUGGCACGGCAAGUGGGUCUGACCUUAGUAGAUCCGCUGCUGUACUUCUGUGUCAAGUUCUACACCCCGGAUCCGGCCCAGCUGGAGGAGGAGUUCACCCGUUACCUGUUUUGUCUGCAAAUUAAACGGGAUCUAUCACAGGGCCACAUACAGUGUAACGAGAACACUGCAGCUCUAAUGGCCUCCUACAUCGUGCAAGCGGAGUGUGGGGACUUUGUAGCCGAAGACUAUCCUGAUGCAUCCUACCUCUCUACAUACAAGUUUGUGCCUCAUCAAGAUCGCGACCUGGAGAGGAGGAUCAUGGAGAAUCACAAAAAACAUGCGGGUCAGUCACCAGCAGAAGCGGAUUUAAACCUGUUGGAGACUGCCCGUAGAUGUGAACUAUACGGGAUGAAGAUGCACCCUGCUAAGGAUCAUGAAGGGGUACCACUGAAUUUGUCUGUCGCUCACAUGGGUAUCGUCGUCUUCCAGAAUUACACUAAAAUCAACACUUUCUCCUGGGCUAAGAUUAGGAAAAUAAGUUUUAAACGGAAACGUUUCCUUAUCAAACUUCACCCAGAAGGCUAUACUGAGGGUUACUACAAGGACACAGUAGAAUUCUUCUUUGAGGGGCGCAAUGAGUGUAAAAACUUUUGGAAGAAAUGUGUUGAGAACCACGGUUUCUUCCGUUGUUCAACUGUCAAGAAAGUGCCAAGGCAACGAACUAGAGUGCUCAGUAGAGGAUCUUCCUUCAGGUAUAGUGGCAAGACGCAGAAGCAAAUGGUGGAGUUUGUGCGAGAGAACUAUGUAAAACGACAGACAUUUCAGAGGUCACAAUCAUUCCGCCAUUCUUCAUCAGUGCAUUCGUCAGUAGCCACCAAUGUGGGGGGUAGUAUCUCUGCCCACCCCCUCCUGCCACUUGGGGACAGCUCUAUCGUGUCUCUGUCAUGCGGCUCGAUGAGUCUGGCGGGAGUGGGGGGCCCGGUGGUGGGUUCUCAGAGCCCGACUGUUCGCCGCCAGCUUCAGACCAAUCCACAGAUGACGACAGCGACUGUGGCGCCUACAGUUAUCGACAACCACAUUAUGUCUACACCAGUUGAAGUUUUGGCAAAUGGAGAUGAGCAGCCAGAAGAAAAGGCUGUGGUCAAUGGCAAUUCUCCUGUGAACGUCACAACACAUCACAACAACCUCCACGACAACAACAAUAUGGUAGUGGCACUGGUCUCGUCUACUCCAAACCACAAAGCUAAUGGCACUGUUAACCACUACAGUGAAGUGUCACUUACUCCUGAUCUGAGUCCUCUCAAGAGCAUUAAGGAUGAGCUUAACAAGGGCAGUGGAGACUUAGUUGAUGGUGAAGUCAAGAAAAAACGCAACACUUCUGACCGAGCAUAUUUCAUAGCCAAAGAAAUUCUCAUGACUGAAAGAACGUAUCGCAAGGACUUGGAAGUCAUUAAUCUGUGGUUCCGAGACGAGGUAUGCAAGGAGGAGUGUCCGCCCAGUGUAGAUGCUCUAUUGAACUUGAUAGAUCCACUGCACGAUGCUCAUUGCUUGGUGUUGAGAGAUGUGGAGCUCCGACUAGCGGCCUGGGAGACCAAGAACACUCAGCAGCAGAGGAUAGCAGACAUUCUGCUCCGAGCCUGCGACUACUUGCCGUUGUAUGAGAACUACGUGGACAGGCACCUAGAGGUACUGGAGCAGCUGGAUACGGAGUACAGAACUAACCCCAAGUUCGAGCAGGUCUACCGGGACUUCGAGACACAGAAGAUAUGCUAUCUACCUCUCACAGCUUUCGUCCUCAAGCCUCUGCAUCGCCUUUUCCAUUAUACGCAUUUACUUGACAGAUUGCUGAGACACUACUCCAAAGAUCAUGUGGACUAUGAGGACUGUCUCAGUGCGAGGGAGAGGUUAGGGGAACUACAACCUCAUCUCUCUGACCAGCUGAGGCACUCAGAGAACUUUGUGGCUUUAUGUGAACUGCAGCGUGACACUGUGGGCUUUGACCACCUGGCUGCUCCACAGCGCCAGUUCCUGCGGCAGGGCUGUCUCAACAAGUUCUCAACUCGCAAGGGAUAUCUGCAGCGCAUGUUCUUUUUGUUCUCAGAUGUGCUGUUGUAUACAAACCGAGUGGGACACUUGUUCAGUGUCCAUGGCCAGCUGCCGUUGCACACCCUGGCUAUAGAAGAACGCUGCGAUACGCCCACAGCCAACUCCUUCAUCAUAUACGGCGGCAACAGGGUAUUGACGCUAGCAGCAAGUUCGGAGGAAGAGAAAGACAAAUGGCUUGAAGACUUGACAGAAGCCAUUGAUUACAGUAAAAAUCUGCCAGUUGAUGAGAAGAUCUCCUAUCUCAGUCUUAAGUCUUGCAGCUCGUCUGACGAUGUGAUGGAUAAGUGCGGUGUGGAGGAACACAAGGUGUCUCCCCAGCGCAGUAACACUACAGUACACGUCUGCUGGCACCGCAAUACCAGUCUCAGUAUGGAGGACACGUUGCGAGCGGCCCACAACACGCUCUCCGGGUACCUCCUACGCAAGUUCAAGAACAGCAACGGAUGGCAGAAACUGUGGGUGGUGUUCACUAACUUCUGUCUCUUCUUCUACAAAACCUUCCAGGAUGAUUGUCCCUUGGCCAGCCUGCCUCUGCUGGGAUACACUGUCUCCACCCCCAAUGAAAAGGAUGCAAUCCACAAGGACUUUGUGUUUAAGUUGCAGUUCAAGAAUCAUGUUUACUUCUUUCGAGCUGAGAGCGAGUACACAUUUAGUCGGUGGAUGGAGGUAAUCAGUUCUGCCACUCAACAUGCUGGACGCACCAGGCUCUUCAGUCGAAAGGACAGUGCCCUGGACGAUUAGAAAAUGUCUUCCAUACGUACCAAAUGAAUUUUUCUUUGUUAUACGGUUAUAGUGUAUAUAUUAUUGAAUGACGUUAUAUAUAGGUUUUACUCAAUUAUUAAAUGUAAGAUCUUGCAAAUAGCGUAAUAGGGUAAAAAAUCUGUCCAACAUUGUUACAAUCUAAUUGUUAUUCAAAAAGUUUUUGUACAAGAUUUGUGUACUGAUGUUGUACUUAUAGUAAAAAAAUAUUAUAUAAAUUUUUUAAGGUAUUGAAAUAAAAGAGUUUUGUAAAAAUGUUUCAAUUACAUAAAUCUAUUGUUAUAUUUUAUUUUAACUCUGGUGCUGGCUGUCUGAUAUUUUUACAACCUUUGUAGUUGUCCAAAAAUGCUGACUAUGGUGUUGUUAAAUGAUUUAAUCAUUGUAGUACUGAAUAUCUUAUUUAACAAUAAUAGUCAUCCUUACUUUCAGUUUCAUUAACUAAAGAUGAAUCUCCAAAGUGAGAUAGAAGACAAUAGACACAGACACUUUCUUUACUUAAUUUUCCUCAAAAAUAGUAUUGGCAUCAAAAUACUAUUGAUUUACUUAGAUUUGAAAUACUUAAGUGGUCUAACAAAUUAGUCCUAGGUUAGUCACCUUAGUUUUAAAUAUCAUUUGCUGUGCAGUGCUCUAGAAACUGUGCUUAAAUAAUACUUUAAAACUGAAACACUGAAAAAAUAAUGUUCACAUAAACAAGAAAACCCAACUAUAAAAUGUGUUAAGAUAAUUAUGUAUUUUUUUUCUUAUGGAAACUAUAACUUUUUGCUUACCUAAAAAUACUGUAUAGCAGUUAUAAUUUAAAUUGUCAAAACAUAAUUUUUAGUUUUUUUUUAUAAUCUAUUACCAUUAAUUUUAAUCAAAUUAUUAAGCCUUAAGAAAGUAUUAUAAAAACAAAAAUCUUCCUACUGAUGGAUGAUGCAUCAAAAUACUAUUUUCACCCAUUAUAAUGAGGGAAGGGUACAAAAAGUUGCUGACUAAAUUAUAAUGUAACUAAAUCCUUAAAAAGAUAGGGUAAAUAUUUCCCAGGACAUGAAAUCAGAGGCUAUGAGUCUAAUUAAUGCAGGGUUAGUUAUACUGGAAAGACAGGGAAUUGUAUUUUCAGUUCCCCAUACCAACUUUUUUCACUUCACUUAUAACAACGGUUAAUGUUUGUUUCAUGAUGUUUAUUGUUUUCAUCUGCUCGUUCUGUCUGAUUUAAUCAGGACGUUCUCAUCACACUAAAAGUGGUUAUUUAUAGUUAAGUUUUAUUCAUCUUGUCAUAAGAUAGACGCUAAAUGUUAUAGAAGUAAUUGAUUAUUUUUAAUGCUCAAAAAGUAUAAACCUGUUGUUUGUUUACAAUUUUUAAGUUAAACUAGUGGUGGUCAGCCAGUAAGCAUAUUGUUGUAUCUCAUUUCUAGAAAAAUGGCUAUCAGGCAAUUUGUCUUACAUACACCCCAAACAAUCCAUAGGUUUUAAUGUUUUACAUGUUAUAAGAUUUCGGUAUUGUAUUUGUCUUGUUGAAACUAAGGCAGUGACCAAGCUGAUAAAUAGUAAUUUCAAUUGUUUUUAAAUAACUAAAAAUUACCUUGCUACCACAGAAGUUUUAAGUGCCAGUUCCAGGGUUAAAAUAACUGAUGGCCAGUCUAAUUACUGUACAAUUUGGCAAAAUAAGUACUCAUAAAUUAAAAAAGUAUUUGUAUAAAAUAUUUUUUGAACAAUAUUAAUUUAUGUAUGUAAUGAAAUUCUUGAGUAAAAUUACUUUUAUUGUA